GCAGGAAAUAUUUUAGCUUCAACACUUGCUCCGCUCCAUGUAAAAUCGCCAGCUUCAGUUAGCUCUGGAGCCGCUCCAAAGCCCUUCCAUCAACAGUUUCAGAUGACUUGAUUAAAGUUUUGGCAUAGACAACAAUCAGAAUUAUGACAAAUGAUGCAACAGUGUUGAACGUUCUGUAUACAAGGAUUUGGUGUGUCUUUUGCAAGAAAAUAGAUAUCUCUCAGAGCAAGAAUUACGUAAAAAGCUAUCAGAGCUAAUGCUACAUGGGCCACAGCAAUGGUGGACCUAGGGACCCCUAUGGCGCAUAAUCAGGUUAUAUAUCUCCGAUGAUUCACGAGGGGAAGAGAGUUUUAUUGGAGACGAGUUAGUUUACGGAGGCUGUAAAGGAGAACAGAAAAAUUCAGUCGAUUAUAGAGAGUGUCGCUAUUUUAAGAAUGACGAUGCUUGUUGCCGAUAUUAUUUCAUUACUAUCUGCUACGGACCUUAUAUUGAGGAAGUACUUCAAGAGUUAAGUCAGGAGCCAACAGACAUAAUAGUUAUGAACUCAUGCUUAUGGGAUGUUCACAGACACGGUAAGGCAGGCGUUGAAAAAUACGAAGAAAACUUAGAAAAGUUAGUUUCUGCAUUGCAAAGACUUAUUCCAGACUGCCUUUUUAUUUGGGUUACUACACCACCUGUUCAUAUAAAAUCAAAAGGUGGUUUUCUUAUGCAACCUGGAACUGACUUAGUUAAAAUAAAUGAAGUUCGUUAUUGCAAUGAGAUUGCACGAGAAGUGUUCCGUGAGGCAAAUGAAAUUGAUAGUCGUUUUCGGAUUGUGGACUUAGACUAUGUUUUUAGACAUUUUGAGCAUCAUCGUGCCUCAGAUGGCGUUCAUUGGAAUGCAAGAGCACAUAGACGUAUGAGUAAUAUGAUAUUAGAGGAAGUUUCAAAAGCUUUCAGCAAGGAGGUCCCUAGAGUUUUAGGUGGAUGGGAUGUGCAACCUUAUUCUAUUCCGUACGAAUCUUGGGAAAGUCGUCUUGCAAAAAACUGGGGAUCGGCUCCUUUUGAAUAUGAUAUAUCCCAUCCAAGUAACUGGGAUUUUAUGUCUGGACUUGAUUUUCCACCUGGGACACAUAUGAAUCCUCCAGAAGGUUUUCCACCGUUUCAUAACCCUCACUCUGUUCCACCAUUUGGGACUCCACCUUUUAUUGACGAUCCAAGUGGAUUGUUAAGAAACUUGCCUUUUUAUGAUUUAGAUGAUCUUGGUCAUGCUCGACAACAAGUUGAGUAUCAAUCAGAAAGCCGAAAACGUAAACGUCAAGAAGAUUCUGAAACGGAUGUUGUUCCUGAAAAACAAUAUCGUUUUGGUUUUACGAACUCGCAUAUUCCUGUGAAAGGCAAAAUAAAUCAGAAUGGCGAGCAGUCUCCUAAGUUUUCCAUCAUCGAGGUUGACGGCAAAAUGAAAAAACUUGUUCAGAUAGACGAUGACACUGUAAUACACGUUAUGUUUACAGAUAAAGAAAAAGAGGAAUACCUAAAAGAUCAAGCUAAGAAACUCGAACAAGAACGAAUAGCCAAAGAGAAAAAAGAGCAGGAAGUUGCGUGGUUAAAAGAACAAGAUCAAAAAGAAAUCGAUAGUGUUUCGGGUAUCGAUAAUGAUUGUUUUCAAAACCAAACGAAAAAAAUCAAAAUGGAUUUUAAUGAAGAAGUUUCAGCAAAAAUUUCGGCAUUAGCAAAUUUUUUCCUAGAACGCUAUUUUAAAAACUCAGUCAAAACGAAUAUUUUUAAUAUCGUUCCUCCGUUGACCGUGUUAGCUGCUCAAGUUUUAUUAAAAUUGCAUUUUUGUAAAUCAAAUCACAGUAUUACUGGCCAUACUUUGCAAAAUCAUAAUCAGCGAGAAUUAAACUGCAAUGGAUCACAAAAUUAUGUUACAUCAGCUAGCAAUUACUCAUCUACUCCUCAGCAGAGAGAUAUACCAAAAACUAAGGUAGAUACUAAGGCAUUACUAGCUAUGCCUUCUCCAUUUGCUAAAUCAAGAGUAAAUAGUAAUAGCACAGAAAGAAAAAAUAUAGAAUUGUCUAAUGAACCAGCUUGUAAAUAUAGUUUCAAUGAACCCAAGGUUAUAAAAGAAUCUGAGAUUUUAGUUAAAAAUGAGGAGUUAAAAGAAACUGAAGUGUUAACUAGAAACGAGUCUUUAAAAGAAUCUUAUGUAUUACCUGAAACUGAAACAUAUUUGAACGUAAAAACGGAAGAUUUUGUACCUGAAAACGAAAAUAAUUCUGUCGAAAGUUCGGUAACGAACUUCGUGGAAAGUUUAUCUCCAAAAAAAGAAGUUGAAAAUUUACCUGAAUGUCCAGCAAGUAACGUCUUAAGUACACCUAAUAAAGUAGAUACUUUCAUUACAGCAUCGGAUAGUUCUGAAAUAUGCUCUAAAUUAUCUGAAACCACUUCUUUGACAGUUAGUAAUGUCGUCUCGUCCACAUUGGAUUCGGAAGUUGACUGUUCAGAAAUAGACAUUUCACGUCCUAAAAAGAAAAAAGAUAGGAAUCCCAACGAAACGAAAGAAGAAAGACGUUUGCGAAAAAAGUUAAGGAGAGAAAGAAGAGAGGAACGUAAACGUUUAAAGGAAAGUAAUGAAUUGUCUCAAUCGCAGAUACCUCCAGUUGUCCAAACUGAAGCUAUGUGGGAUCUUUCUUUAAGUGAAAACCUGAUUAGCAGACAGCGAAGUUCCACUUGGGGACCAAAUUACAUGUCUUUAUUUAGUCAGUCUACAAGUUUACCAUAUAGUCAAACUGUAAACAAUCAAGCGAUAUAUUAUCAGCAGACUAUUCAGCAUAGCUCUCAUCAGCAUGUUACCAUAGAUCAACAUGAAUUAUAUAAACAACAAUUAGAACAACAGCAGCAACGCCUCGCUAUUGCGCAAAGACAAGCUCAACAGCAAGCUUUGUUAUUGCAGCAACGCCAACAACAAGAGGCUGCUUAUCAAAAAGCGCUCGGUAAUAACAUUGUUCAACCCUCCGUUCCUCAACCACAACUGUAUAUAGACGAAUACGGACAAACAUAUACUUUAGAAGAAGAAACUUUCAUUAUGGGACCUUCGGGUCAAAUUCAAAGCUUAAAUAGUUCAUACAUACAACAGCAAAUGCAGGGGGCACAGUCACCAUUAAUAAAUCCCUCUUUGUUAUAUUUGCAACAGUCAUCAAAAUUUUUAUAAAUAUAAAAAAAAGAGGGUAUUAAAUUUAUUUUUCUCGCUUUUCUUUUGAAUAAUUUUCUUAUGUUGCAACAAGUUUAAGUCCUUACGGGAAUGAUGUCGCUGCAGUGCUGUUUGUGGUCAAUACAAUUGUUUGCGUAUUUUAUAUAUAUUGUUGUUUUUGUCGUUUACCGAAUGUUUUUUAUAUAGAAAAAUAUUGUUUGUAAAUAUUUUGUAAAUAUGUGGUACGAUAUUUCUUUUCAAAAAAAAAAAGUAUAUAUAUGAUCGUUUUCAGCAAUAAAAUUUGCAUUUUAAAAGGAUGUUAGUUUCCAAUCAAA